AGGAAGGAAGUUGAGUACAGCGAACUGCUUGCUUUGUUCAGUGCAGUUGUCUCGGAUUCAAAAGCACAAGCUCAACAACGGUCUCAACAGAUCAAAAAUGUCUCCUCAAAUAUCUCCGGAGACCCCAAAAUGUUGCUGUUUCAACAUCAAGACUGCAACAGUUGCUUUGGGAAUCUACCAUGUGGUUAUGAGUCUGCUACUUCUGAUUGAAUACUCUAUGGAAGUGGCUAUUGGCAGAGGUUUCUGCAAAGACCUCACCAAGGACUACUAUAAAGUUGCUGAUAUCACCACCAGCUUCCUGCUGAUCAUCAUGCUCUUUGUCAUCAGCCUCAACCUUCUCUUUGGUGUGGUGAAGAAUAGAGAACGCCUCCUGGUUCCAUUCAUGGCUUUGCAAAUCAUGGAUUUUCUCCUCAGCUUCCUCACAAUCUUCAGUUCCUACAUACAAGUCCCUGCAAUCCUAUCUGUUAGCCAUAUGUCUCUGAAGCAAGGACAAACAAAGGUUCCCUUCCAUGCUAUGCAGUUACUGGAUUUCUGUCUGAGUGUCUUAACUCUCUGUAGUUCAUACAUGGAGGUACCAGCAUAUCUCAGCUUCAAGUCCAUGAAUAACUCGAGCUUUUUGCCAAGCCAUGAGAAGCUGUCUUCUGAGGAGUAUGUCAAAGUGAUGAUCAUCUUUUCCAUUGCAUUCAUUGCUGUCCUUCUCCUCAAGGCCUUCAUGUUCAAAUGUGUCUGGAGAUGCUACAAGUACAUCAAGGCCAGCAAGAGACAGGAGAUGAAAUUUGCGCCAGAGUUUGCUGCAAAGGUUGUGCUGCCAUCAUAUGAUGAAGCCUUAGAAAUGCCUUCUAAGGAGUCUCCACCACCAUACUCAGGAGUUUAAGCUCCUUCCUUUGGGACAGGAAGAGGUCUAUGCUGCUCCAGAUACCCCGUAGCUUUAGUGCCUCAACCAGCAGAUGCUCCAAUUCUUACGGCAAAAGCGUGCUUUCAUUGCACCACACUCAGUUUGUUUUAGUGGACUUGAGCUUAUAGUAAUUUCUGGGUGAUGUGAAAAUGCCAGUUUCAGGCCUGAUUCUCUUACGGUGAUUUUACACCAGUGUAACUUCACUAGUUUCAGUAGAGCUACUGCUGAUUUACAACACAAAAGAUGAGAAAAGAAUCAGACCUGGGGAAUUAGAAGCAGAACCAAAAUGCCCUUCACUGGAGAGAGCACAACUCUGAAAGAUGCUCUGUUGAUUAGUGUAUUUUAAUGAUGACCUAAGGGAAAGGAAUCACUAAAAGACUGAAGAUUCCUAAUGCAUGGUAAAACAGCUAUUGGCCUUUUUGCUUCUGGCAUUGAUUAAUAGUGUGUUCCCUGGAUAUAUGAAGUGCUGGAAUGGUCAUAAUAUUGCACUCCCAUUUCACACCUCAGUGUUUGUUUUUUGCUUUUUUUUGUGUGUGAUUUGAAAGACAAGUAUCAAUAAAAAAAAACGCCAAAAGGAA